UAUUCCACAGGGUUUUCCCAAUAGGAAAACAGGAAAGAUGUUGGAUAUUAAGGCUUGGGCCGAGUACAUCGUGGAGUGGGCUGCCAAGGACCCCUACGGCUUUCUCACGACUGUGAUCUUGGCUCUCACGCCGCUGUUUGUAAUUAGUGCGGCGCUGUCGUGGAAGCUUGCAAAAAUGAUUGAGGCCCGGGAACGAGAGCAAAAGAAGAAACAGAAACGCCAGGAGAACAUUGCAAAAGCCAAACGAACAAAGAAGGAUUAAACGGGCAAAAAAUGGCCUUCCUUGUGCAAAGAAUCCACUUUUAAAAUGAAACACUUGUACAUUUUGUGUUGUAACUGUCCUUUGAUACUUGAUCCUGUUAUUUCUUGAAGUAUGAAAUUUAAUACUUCCAAUGUAUUUUUUCCUGCUGAUUUCUGUUAAAAUUUGCCCAAGUGACACUUGUUAGAGUAAUUAAAUUUAUUACUUGUAUUCUAGUGCAGAUUGCUUUUCUAAAUUUGCAUGUUAAAUUAAAAAAUUAACCUCUU